AUGACGAGACCGCAGAUGAUCAGAGCCGACACGAUUGACCUGCAGGAUCACAAAUCUCCCUCUGCCCAAGACCAUUCCUCAGCCAACCAACGAGUUGCUGAAGGCCGAACCGGACCCCAUCAGAAUCAAUCGUUGCGUCAUGCAGAGCAAGAAGCCAGAGAUGACAUGUCAACGAGCCCUCGAGCUUCGCUGGACCAUUUUGACGGUGGAGAUCAAAAUCAUCACAUAGAUAUCGUCUACGACGAGGCAGACGAUUCAAUGGCGGAUCUUAAAGGGGAAGACGGAGACAUUGGCGACGAGGAAAGCGAUGACAUGAUGGAUGACGAUAUGAUGGACAAGAUCUCGUCUUCACCAUCUAUAGACGACGAGGACAUUGAUUUCGACUUCGUCUAUGCUUUGCACACUUUCGUUGCGACCGUGGAAGGGCAGGCCAAUGCCGCCAAAGGCGACACAAUGGUCUUACUUGAUGACAGUAACAGUUACUGGUGGCUGGUUCGAGUGGUCAAGGAUGGCAGCAUUGGAUAUCUACCUGCGGAGCAUAUUGAAACACCCACAGAGAGGUUGGCUAGGUUGAACAAGCAUCGAAAUAUUGAUCUCUCUGCCACCAUGCUCGGUGACAAUGCAGAAAAGUCCAAGAAUCCGCUCAAAAAAGCCAUGCGCCGCCGCAACGCAAAGACAGUCACAUUUACCUCGCCGACGUUCUUCGAGCCCUCUGACAAUGAAUACUCAACCGAGGAAGAAGAAGAGGAAGAUACAGAACAUGUGGAGGAAGAGGAGAGUCGAGCCGAAUCUCAAGAUACUCAAUAUGACAUUCAAGACGAGGAUAUGGUUGUCGAGCCACUCAGACCGAAGCAGCACAAGGAGAAAGUUUCGCGAGUGGAGGAACCCGAAGAAGAAGAAAUACCAAUCGAACCCUCGAGCCCCGAGAAGCCACGCCCUAGCGACGAGUCAUUCGAAAGACCAGCUCGAUCGAGAAAUGGUACACUACGCAAUACGGAUUCUUUCUUCAACGACGACACAGCGGAAACUAAAAAGAUAUCAAUCACUCCAAGCCUUCUUCGCGACGAUAGCACUUCCGACAGAUCUAAGAGCGAGCCACAAGAGGGUCGCGCGAGUAUGGAGUCAAUUGAGAAGAGCCUGGCUGCUGGUGACAAGAGUAAGCGCAAAGACAAGAAGCCCGGCAUGCUCAGUGGAUUAUUCAAAAGAAAAGAUAAAAAAGGCCGAUCAUCGGAAGACGAUGGCGAGGACAUGGAGAAGACGUCGGAAGAACUUUCACGAUCAUCCCCACAACCCAAGGUAUCGACAGAAUCAUUACGAGAGCAUACAAAUACCAGACCUGCUGGCGUGCAGAGACAGUCAAGCAAGCUGCACAAGCAGCCGCCUGCAGAGAUUGCACUGAUCAAUCAAUCACAACGCACCACGCAGGAGCCUGCAAUAUCUACGAGCGAGGCGUCUUCGCCUAUCAAAGAGGAUUAUGGUCCUUCAAUCCGACGGGUGGUAUCACCAUCAUCAGGGCCUAAUGUGGCACCUCUCCAAGUGCGAACCUCAUUGGAGAAGAAUGCAGUUGCUCCCGAACAGCAAACACCGAGUAGUUAUACUUCAUCUCCAGUGAAAUCAUCUCCGGUCAAAUCAAUGAACACAACAUCUAUGGGAACGAACUCCAAAAUGUAUGACGAUCCGAUCGCAGAGGAACCUAUCCAGAUUAUGGUUAAGGAAGAGCAACCCUCAAACCCCUUCUUCUCACCACAUGAGUUGAGAGACAAUGCUCACAGUGAUGAGAGCUUGUCCGACUCCCUUGUGGAAGUUUCACCCAGUCAGGCUCCCAUGAUUUCCCAACCUCCAGGCUUGGUUGUGGACACAUCGUCCCAGGAGGAACGAUCUGUUUCCCCAUUGUCAUCUCAAUCAUCCUCUCCGGAGAUCAUUGAGCGACCUGAACCAAAGGGGGACGAGACGACACCGGUAUCUACUGUUUCCUCUGCAGCAACUGCGACAUGGAGUGAUGCAAGUUUGCGGACUUAUCUUGACGAUGAGAACGACAUUCGGGAUCUCCUUAUCAUCGUGCAUGACAAGUCAAACGUGCAACCUGCCGGACCCGACCACCCGAUUACUGGCAGCCUUUUCAAGGAGGAAAGCAGACGUUUGAAAGAAAUGUCUGGACGACUCGAUGACAUGCUCGCAGGCUGGAUCUCGCGAAAGACAGAUCAUCGAGUCAGCAAAGCUUAUUGA